ACCCCUUAAUCCGUGCCUCACCCCUUUUACUUAUACCGCCUGAAUCAGGAGCUCCUCACCGCUCAGCCUCAUUACUGCUGCCUAUUCUUUAAGUGCCGCAACCUCUUUCUUUUCUAACCUCUCCGUUGCUUUAAAACCAAUAUCAGUAGCAAGCAUGUCUACCAACGAGCGCUUCGACUGCCAUUACUGCAAAGACUCCCUCCUGGGGAAGAAGUACAUCAUGAAAGAGGACACACAAUAUUGCACUAAGUGCUACGAAAGCCUGUUUGCCAACUGCUGCCAGAGCUGCUCCAAGCCCAUUGGCUCCAACUCCAAGGACCUGUCCUACAAGGACCGCCACUGGCACGAGGAAUGCUUCAAGUGCGCAAAAUGCAGCCGCUCCCUUGUGGAGAAGGCCUUCGCCGCCAAGGACGAGUUGAUGCUUUGCACUGAGUGCUACGCCCAUGACUACUCUUCCAAGUGCGCCACCUGCAAGAAGACGGUCAUGCCAGGUUCCCGCAAAAUGGAGUACAAGGGCAACAGUUGGCAUGAGACCUGCUUCUUGUGCCACCGCUGCCAGCAGCCCAUCGGAACAAAGUCCUUCAUCCCCAAGGACGACGGCUACUAUUGUGUGGGUUGCUUUGAGAAGCAGUUUGCCUACCAGUGUUGCGCAUGUAAGAAGGCCAUCACCACGGGCGGCGUGACAUACCAGGACAAGCCGUGGCACCGCGAGUGCUUCCUGUGCAUCGGCUGCAGGAAGCAGCUGUCGGGCCAGCGCUUCACCUCCAGGGAAAAUUACCCGUACUGCCUGGAGUGCUUCAGUGAGCUCUAUGCCAAGAAGUGCGUGGGUUGCACCAAGCCCAUCACCAGUCUGGCCGGGGCUAAAUACAUAUCGUUUGAGGAGCGUCAGUGGCACAGCGAGUGCUUCACAUGUGGGCAGUGCUCCGUGUCUCUGGUGGGCCGAGGCUUUCUCACCCAGCGUGACAACAUCCUGUGCACCGACUGUGGACGCGAGAAGUGACACGCCACGCUAUAUGUAGCAUCGAGCUCAUGUUUACAAAAGAGAGUUAAAACAAAGAUGAAGCAAAGUGUCUUUGUAGAACCCCUUUAAGGCUUCUUGUCACUUUGACACUAGAUUUUAGUUGCACAGGCAAGUCAUUCUUUUCAUUAUCACUGUCAAAGUGUUCACAUACUUAAUCUGCUAUACCCUACCUACAGUACCUGUAGACCUACGCAUCCUACCAACAAUACUAUACCCUUCUUACCUAGCAACCAACUCUACACGAUCUAGUUUACAUUUGUCGACCAACGUCUGACUUUCCAGUACUGCCUUUUAUUUUAAACCUACUUACUGGCAUGCCCACUCUUCUCUACCAACUAUAUUAUACCCUGUACGUUUCUGACGUAGCCUAUGGUGUACCUACUCAGCCAUCCAUACUUCAUUAAUUUUUCUGGAUUUGUCUGCUUCUAUUGUUAGAUUAGAUUGUUUAAGGGAAAAAAAACUAUAUGACAGCAUCUCAACAUCAGAUUUUGAGCUUAUUUGUUCACAUUUCUGUAUAAACAAUACUGACACUGAAUGGGGAAGGCCAAAGUUGUUGAAUAAAAGAAAGCUAUAUG